CAUUCAUCAAAAUCUAGAACCUCAUAUUCCUCCUCUUCUUCUUCUUCUGCAUAUUUUACCUCCACGCAAUGACGAACCAAAAAAUGGUCAUUCCCGACGCGAAAUCGGGCAUCCCGAUGGCCUUCCCCAUUGCAAUGCCCGAUUCGGCCCUUUUCCCGCUCAAUGGAAACCUCUUCCCAGUGAAAAAACUGCUCAAGAAGCUCGCACCCAAUGCGAACGGAGCAAGGAUCAAUGCCUUGCUCGACUCGAUGAGGGCCUCCUCCCCCACACGGAGGCCCUCGGAUGCCGAGGACCACGGCUCUUGGAAUCUCCACCACCCAUCAGCUCUUACCAUGUUCGAUGAGAUCACGGCCGCCGCCAACGGCAAACAGAUUGUCGUGUUCUUGGACUACGAUGGCACUCUCUCCCCCAUCGUCGAGGACCCUGACCGCGCCUUCAUCACCACUGAGAUGAGAGAAGCUGUCAGAGACGUCGCAAAAUUGUUCCCAUCGGCCAUUAUUAGUGGGAGAUGCAGAGCUAAGGUGUACGAUUUCGUAAAAUUGUCGGAGCUUUACUACGCCGGUAGCCAUGGAAUGGACAUUAAAGGGCCAUCAAAAAGGCAUAUAUCACAAAGAAAAGUGAGUAAAAAACGAAUUUACUUUGAUUACUAUUGUCACAAAAUUUAUUUUUCAUUGACUAAUUUUCUUAUGUUUAAUGUAUGUAUUAUUCAGGGAAAUCAAACUGUCCUCUGCCAGCCUGCAAGGGCAUUUCUGCCUAUAAUUGAUGAGGUAUACAGAGCUUUGAUAGAGCAAGUGAAGCACAUUCCCGGAGCUAAAGUGGAAAACAAUAGAUUCUGUCUCUCCGUUCACUACCGCUGCGUGGAGGAAAAGAAAUGGGUCGAGUUGGCCGAUCAAGUUAAGUUGGUGAUCAAGGACUACUCGCAACUCAGGUUGAAUCACGGUAGAAAAGUAUUCGAGAUUCGGCCAACUAUCAAGUGGGACAAGGGGAAUGCGGUUGAGUUCUUGUUGGAAUCGUUGGGCUACAGUGAGUCGAGUGAUGUGUUGCCUAUCUACAUAGGCGACGAUAGAACUGAUGAAGAUGCAUUUAGAGUUUUGCGAGAAAGGGGUCAAGGACUAGGAAUCCUAGUUUCGAAGGCUCCAAAGGAAACAAAUGCCUCCUACACUUUGCAAGAACCAACCGAGGUAAUGCACUUCCUACGAAGCUUGGUGGAGUGGAAGAAGUUGUCCUUGCUAAGACACUAGUGAGAGUUCCUCUUAGAGAGAGAGAUUUGUAGAGAGAUAUAACCUUGUCCUAAUUGAUUCAAUUAUGAGGGAUAUGGGUGAAUUUCUGUAAUUGCUCUUCUUCUUCUUUUUUAUAUUUUUAUUUUUAUUUUUAUUUUUGUAAUAUUUUCAAUUGUAAUUUGAUCCCAAAGGGGUUGAUGUUUAUUGGAUGAGAUUCAGUAUCGUGAUGUC